GACGGCCAUUUAGUAAUCAUGUUCAGGGUUGCAUACGUCUUAGGAUUCUUUUGUGCAACUGUUCUCGGUGCAGUUGUAUCACCAAUAGACCAGGAUGAUGUUCCUCUUAUACUUACGCCGUACAUUGAAAAUGGAGAAACUGCGAAAGCCAAAGCGCUAUCGGCAGUGGAGGCGAGCUUAUUCGCUGGCGUCAACAGUCACGCCGCGUACAUCACUGUCAACAGAACUGCCAAGUGGCACCUGUUUUUCUGGUACUUCCCCGCGGAGGGACUGCCUCUAGAAGAUACACCACUUCUCAUCUGGCUAAAUGGAGGACCGGGUAGCAGUUCUUUGUUUGGCUUGUUUGAAGAAAUAGGACCAAUACGAAUUGGUGAUGACGGUGAAACAGUUGAAAGGAUGCCCAUCACGUGGGGUUCCAACUACUCGCUUCUGUUCAUUGACAACCCCGCGGGCACUGGCUUCAGCUUCAGCGAAGGAGGAGAAUAUGCCACUAACGAAGAUCAGGUGGGCGAGUGCCUCCUUAACUUUCUCCAGCAGUUUCUGCAAGUUUUCCCUGAACUGAGAAAAGCACCCCUGUUUCUCACGGGGGAAUCGUACGCCGGUAAAUACAUUCCUGCAUUUGGGCACUACAUACAUAACAACAAAAAUGAGACAAUGCCAAUCAACUUGAAGGGUGUUGCUAUAGGUGACGGUUGGACUGAUCCCAUAUCAUUACUGCAUUACGCUGAGUUUGGACUGCAACUAGGAUUACUGAGCCCUGAACAAGCCGAAGAAAUUCACCAAAUCAAAGUACUAGCUAAAAAGUAUUGGGAGGAAGGCAUAUAUGACAAAUACAAAGCUUUGGCUGACCAUGUUUUUGACAAGUUCAGACAAUAUUCACAUGUCUAUGAUUACAACUAUUUACCAGAAGCAUCAUAUUCCAAAGAUUUGUUCGUUUCUUUUUUGAAUAAAGCCGAAAUUCAGAGCGCGCUCCACGUGAAGAAAAUGCAAUAUAGACAACAAAGUUCCAUAGUCCAUGAUAACUUGGAAAACGAUAUGUAUGAUUCUGUCAUUCAUUGGUUGGAGGAGUUAUUGGAAAAUUAUGGCGUUAUGUGUUACAGUGGGCAACUGGACGUGAUCGUGGCGUACGCGCUCUCCGUCCAUACACACAGGAGUCUCAAGUGGAGCCAUGCACAGCAAUACCUAAACAGUUCGAGAGAAGCACUGUUCGAUCCUGUAGAGGGCAGAAUAUAUGCCUUCACGAAGGAAUUCGGCAACUUCUUGGACGUGAUCGUGCGUGGAGCGGGACACAUGGUGCCGGCUGACCAGCCGCGAGCUGCCAAGUUACUGAUCGACCGGUUCAUCAACAAGUUCAAAUGAAUGUUUUUAAUUCAUAUUACUUCAAUAAAUAGAUUCAUAA